GAGUAAACUGGAUUUAUGUUCUGCUUCUUCCCAGGCAAACAUGGACACCCUCCUCAAAGAAGACUUUGAUAUGAGCGCCAACAGCAGCCACCAAGACCUACUGUCAGAGAACAAAAGUCAAGCCCUGGUCCAAAGUGACCCGUUGGACAUGUUUACUGGCAUGGAGCUUCUGCUUCGUUUCAAACUUCUCUUCAUGCCUCUCUAUUGCCUGGUGGUGGUCAUAGCUGGCGUGGGGAACUCUUUCCUCUUGUCUUGCAUCCUGAUGGAUAAGAAACUCCAUAACGCCACCAACUUUUUCAUCGGUAACUUGGCCGCUGGAGACCUGCUGAUGUGUCUGAGCUGCGUGCCGUUGACCAUGUCCUAUGCCUUCGACAGCCACGGCUGGGCUUUUGGGAGAGCGCUGUGUCACUUGGUGCCACUGGUGCAAUGCGCCACAGUGUUUGCAUCAGUGCUCUCCCUCACUGCCAUCGCCGUCGACCGAUAUGUUGUGCUAGCUCACCCAGUCCGUCGGAGGAUAUCUUUGUGCGGUUGCAGUGCAGUGACAUCAGCCGUGUGGCUUCUAUCUCUGGCCUUGGCCGCUCCUCCGUCCUUCUACACACGUUACUUGGACCUCCGGCCCAGUGGCAUCGACCUCGUCGUUUGCGAAGAAUUCUGGCCGGAAAACGGAAACCUUCGACUGCUGUACUCCUGCUUCAUCCUAAUCGCCUCCUACAUGAUCCCACUGUUGUCCGUGAGCAUCUCGUACUGUGCCAUCAGCAUCAGUCUGAAGCGCUACUCCGUGCCCGGGGAGCAGGCUAGCAGGAAGCAACACUGGAAGCAAAAGAGGAGGCGGACCUUCUCGUUACUGGUGGCUUCAGUGCUGGCCUUUGCUCUGUGUUGGCUGCCUUUGCAGGUACUGAACCUGUUGUUGGACCUGGACCCAGACUGCGACAUCAUCGGCAAGCGCUACAUUAACGUCUUGCAAGUGUGCUGUCAUUUAGUGGCGAUGAGCUCAUCUUGCUACAACCCCUUCAUCUACGCCUCGCUGCACAGCAAGGUACGCAAACACCUGAGAGGCUACCUGUGCCCCUGUCACAGACCAAGGAUGGUGCCGAGAUCCUUGUCCGGGAUCUGAUGGCCGUCUUUGUCUGCAUGGUGGAAACCCGUUCACCACAGACCCAUUUAGAAUGGCUAAAUCAUCCUACUUUCUUGACUUUGUGGAUUAUUACUUGUAUUCAUUUCUAUUGCGCAAAUUGAUUGCCGCCAGGAAUGAGCAAGCACAAUUUGUUUGAUGAGAAAUACGACAUUGCAUGACCACGCAUGCCAUGGACCUGAUUUGACUUUGCGGAUUAUUUCCCCCACAUGCGGCUGACUGGCGCCCAGUCAAGUGGGAUAGGUUCCAGCGAUACCAAAAUGGAUGGAUUGACAGCUUUGAGUGAGCAGGUCUUGGGUCUGGAUUUGAAUUGUGGAAACGUGCUUAGACCAAACUACAGGCUACAGCUCAUCCACCAUGCAAAAUGAGAACAAACAUUAGAGGCAAGUGAUGAAUGAAUGUAGUCAUUAUCUUUUGCUUAUUUCUAUUAUGCAAGAUGGCUGCGGGCAAAAAUAAUUGGGAGAGAGGGCGGGAAACUGGCAUCAAUGAUGGUAUCGAACAUAAUUAGUGCUUUGUCUACCACAAGCUGGGUAGCACAUUGAGAGAUGGGUAACAUUGUGAUUUGAAUUCUAAUUAUGUUUGUGUGUCAUACCAAAGUCAACACACCCCUGUUGAAAUGCUUGACUCUGAUCUGAAAAAUGGAGGUUUGGAAAUGAUUUACAUUUCCACAGGGGUGUGUAGACUUUUUAUAUCCACUGAAAUCUGUCAUUAUGUAUGCUGCACAAUUACACCGCAUCUAAAGUCACGACACGUAAUGUCAAGUGGGCAAAUGUGGCCCCAACUUUGAUGACCCCAGGCGUGAAUUUCACCUCUGCAUCGGGGGCAGCCAAAGUUGCUCCGUUGCCUGGCAGCCGGGCAGCCGGGCCGCGGUUCUUAUUCUCGCUAAGUGGACCUUGAGACUGCGUUUAGUGCUCUGCAAAUUAGAUUUACUUGUCGUGUUGUUUCGCAGAAGAUCUGCCUUAACAUUUGUUUGUCACAUUGAAGGUUCUUUUGUAGACGAUUGUAUGCUCAAGUUUGGAACAGCCUUGGCUUAUUAUAUUUAAUAUUUUUAUGUUUCGUUUUUCUUUCAUCAUAAUUUUAUUGUAAAAAAAAGAAGAAUCAAACAUUAAAUGAAACCAUUUUACACAUACGUACAUGUUAAAUAUUUUUUUUAAAUUGAAUAAUUCCUUCAUUAGUUAUAAAUAUUACAACGGAAGAAAGGAAAAAUGACAUCUACACAGUUUAUGUACGUAUGUGUAUUAGAAAUAGCUAUUUUCUUUUCUUAUUUAUUAAUUUAUCAUUGAAAUAAUGUAUUUAUUGUGAAUAAAAAACAAUCAGUACAUGUAACCAUUUUACAUAGACAUUUAAUAAUUCAGUUACAUUCAUUGUAAUUAAUAAAAUGAAAACGUUUUUUUUUUUUAUCACUAUUUUAUAUAGGCAUUUUAAGUAUUUAUUUUUAAUCCCGGAAUUACACGGCCUUUCUGUCCAAUUUGGGUUGACUGUCAUUUAUGUGUGUAAUUGUAACCAUACUUUUAUGUAAAAAAAAAAAAAAAAAAGUACAUUUAACAUCAUCAUUCCAGACUGUAUAUUAAUUACUCUAAUGCAUGAAAUCUACUCAGUGUUAUUUUUAGAACACUUUAAAAUCAACUGCAGCUCUCAAAAAGUAUGACUCAUCCACCGUCAUCAUUAUCAACUCCUGUGGUUUGAAAAUUUUUACAUAUACAUUUGUUGAGUAUUUCAUCAGGCUUGCUUUUGUACAAGGAAUUUCUAUUUUUUCACAGAAGCAUAAUUAUGUGCUACGGAGUCAAUACAAAUGUUCACAUGCUGUAAAUCUGUUGUAUAUGCAAUAACGGUUGUAGACUUAGUUUGGUAAAGUAUUUACAGUAUAUUAAUCUUGACACUUUCAAAUGUUUCAAAAGUGGACUGAACAUCUACUGUAUAAAAUCAGUGGUCACUUGUUUUUACAAUGUACUCAUAGCGCGUAUUAUUCUACUCGAAAGGUGGAUGAAAAAAAUACGAAUGAUUGAAAUCAAACAAGCUUCAAGAUAAGAAAAAUAUUGUUGUGGCAUUAUUAAAGUGCUCAUUCCUCAAAUUGUCAUGACAGAACUGUACAUCAUUUUUACCAGCAUUGUAGUUGUUGGUAUGUUGGAUUCUUUUGACUCAGACCCAUUACAGUACUGCUAUAUUAUUGUCUGUAAAAGUACAAUCAAAUAAAUGCGCCAUCUUGA